UUAGGGCAUUUUCUCUCUCUCUCUCUCUCUCUCUCGGGGUUUUGCCAAAAAACCCAUACUUUCUGGGUUUUGAGCCGCCCGUCUCUCUGCUCUCUGCUCUCUGCAUUUGGACUUGUUCGCGAACCGUGGCUGCUUCCUCCAGGAAGGAGAAAUGGCGACGCGACAAAAUGGAGAAGAAAAUCAACAGAGCCCCGACCAGGUGGCUCCUAGUUUUGUUGGGGCGAUAGAAGCACAAUACAAGAAGCUCAAAGAACAUGCUGAAGCCUACCCGUAUGUCUGGGCUUCGUAUACGGUUGUGUAUGGUGGAUUUUUUAUGUGGUUGGCCUAUAGAUGGAGGAAGCUUCGAAAGACUGAGGAUAGAGUACGAGUUCUUCAGGAGAGAUUGCGAAAACUCGUUGAAGAAGAAGAGGCUGCUUCUAAAUCCGCUCAAUCGGUGGAGAAGUCUUCAUCUUCUGAUAAAACACUUCCCAAGUAGUUGUUAGAGUUUUGGUGCUGUCCCUUUUGUGGUUUCGGCCGGGUAAGUUUCUUUGGAACACAAAAUCUGGUUACCUCCUGUUUUUUCGAUUCCUCUAACCAAAUUCAGAGUAAUACCAAACUGACUUGGGUCUUUGUUGUGUUGGUCCUUUUCAAAGCCACAGCCUUUGAGCAUCGUAUGUAAACCAUUAAACCAUUACCAGCAGCCCUUUGUUUUUUGUAAACACUUGCCGGUUUAUGAGAGUUCUUAUGCAUU